GCUCUCUCUUCUCCCUCUCUUUUUCUCUCUGAGACAGCAUCAGCAUCAGCAGCAGCUGCUUCCUCUUGCUAGCUAAUAUAGCUGCUAGGUUUGUAGUAGCCGGGCCGGUCACACACACAGCUGCACUUGGGAGGAGCUGAGAGGAGGAGCUCAUCUCUACUGCAGCAUCCAGCUCCUCCUUGCUACUGUGCUCUCUCUCUCUCUCUCUCUGUCUCUCUCUCUCUCUCUCUCUCUGAUAGUCAAGAAAGAAGUGAGGCCGUGGUGGCAUGGACAACAUCACUCACAACUCGAGCAGUAGCAGCUCAUGGGAUUUGGACAUGAGCCUCGGCAGCCACCACCACCCUCUCCUCUUCGACAGCCACCCAAACCCGGCGCCGCCGCCUCCGCCGCCAUUACCGUUCCACCUCGUCUCCACCUCCUCCCAUCACCACGGCCACCACCCUCCUCCGCAUCCUCCUCACCACCAUCAUCAUCUCGGACUGGAUCCUUCCCCGUCCUCCUCCCUCUUCCCGCCGCACCACCACCGGCUCCACCACCACCUCGGCCUCGACAUCGAUCCCUCCUCCCACCACCGGCACCACCAUGAGUACGAGCAGCAGGAGCCCGGAGGCCACGAGCAGCAGGAGGAGAUGCGGCAGCACGAGGCUGGCGUGGCCCAGGAGGAGCGCGGCGGCGCCGGCGUGGAGGACGUGGAGGAGGAGCUGGGCGCCAUGAAGGAGAUGAUGUACCGGAUCGCCGCCAUGCAGCCGGUGGACAUCGACCCGGCGACCAUCAAGAAGCCGCGCCGCCGCAACGUGCGCAUCAGCGAGGACCCGCAGAGCGUGGCGGCGCGGCACCGGCGGGAGCGGAUCAGCGAGCGCAUCCGCAUCCUGCAGCGCCUCGUCCCGGGGGGCACCAAGAUGGACACCGCCUCCAUGCUCGACGAGGCCAUCCGCUACAUCAAGUUCCUCAAGCGCCAGGUGCAGGAGCUCCAGCACCAGCCGCCGACGCCGACGCAGCAGCAAUACCCGGCCGCCGCCGCCGCCGGAGCUGGAGCCGGACCCAGCACCUCGGUCGUGGGCCCGCGACCCGGCGGGCCGCCGUUCCUCCCGCUGGGCCCCGGGCCGCUUAUCGAUUGGGCCGGGUUCGUGAGGCCCGUGGAUAUCCACGGGCCGACGUCGUCGUCGUCCUCGUCGUCGAUGGGCGGCGCACACGCCGCCCUGGGCUUCGGCUUCAGCAGCGCCGGCCAGAGCAGCCAUGGAAUGCACUGAUGAGCCACUGAGAGGUGGAGAAGCUUGCUUGCUUUUAGAGGAAGAGGAUUAACUAGGAAUCAAUCGUCGACGGAUGAUGGAUUUUGGUGGAUGGAUGGACUAGCAGAGAGGUAAUUUUGAUUUGAUCUUGAUUAUUCUAGCUGUGAUCGAGGGUAGUAGUGUAUGUGUUCUCUAGCUAGCGGUGUUAAUCCAUGUUCUACGGAUCGGAAAAGUAAACUAAUCAAUAAGUUUAGCUAGGGUUUGUGCCAUUUUUACCACCAUCACGAAUAUGUCUCUUCUUCACUUCAGGCAAGUUCUUCGUUCUUUCUGCUCUUCUUAAU